AUGGAUUUGACAAUAAGUCCGGCUAAAAAUUUUUUUCUCUAUGCUAAUGGUCUCUGGUUAAAUAAAACACAAAUUCCACCAUCUGAAACAAGUUGGGGCGUAUUUACCAUAUUAAACAAUAAUAAUCAAAAAAAAUUAAAAUUAAUUUUAGACAAUUUAAAAUUAGAAAAAAAAUCUUAUGUAAAUGGAAGUCUUGAGCAAAAAAUAGCCGAUAUGUAUAUAGCUGGUAUGGAUAUAGAACGUAUAAAUAAUUUAGGAUAUUUACCAAUUCAAAAUAUUUUAAAUAAAAUUGAUACAAUUUCAAAUUAUACGGGAUUAAUUCAUUUUCUAAUUGAUAUGUAUAAAAAUUAUAAUAUGGGUUAUUUAUUUAAUUUUUAUGUUGGACCUGAUGAUAAAAAUUCACAUGUUAAUAUAGCAAAUUUUCAACAGAUCGGUAUCGAUCUACCUGAACGUGAUUAUUAUUUUCGAAAUGAUCCUGUAUCAAAAAAUAUAAGAGAAAAAUAUCUCGUGUAUAUUAAACAAAUUUUAAAAUUAAUUAAUUUAACGGGAAAUGUAUUGAAUAUUUCACAAAUAGCUGAUGAUAUUCUAACUUUAGAAACACAAAUAGCAGUAUCACAUCGAACACCAAAGAAUAGUUCACAAAUAACGUUAUUAAGUAGAAGAAAGGAGAGUACCAAGUGUAGAAUGACCAGUUAA